AUGGCCAGCUCCUACGUGCCGUUCCUCCUCGUCUUUCUCAUGGCUUUCGUUGUACCGAUCUCCGUGGCUUCGCUUCCUCACAAGAUCCGUCUCUCUGCCUCCGACGUCGCCGCGAUCGAAGCGGUGGCGCCGCCACGGCCGCCCUCGCUGGACCAGCCGACCGUCUUCUUCGAGGUGGACCGGCCGCACCGGCCGCCGCCGGGCAGCUUCGGCCCGUGCUCUACGCUGCUCCUCUCGCACUCCUUCGCGUACACCUACGCCAAGCCCGCCACGGCCCCCUACUCGCCGCCGCCAUGCCUGGCGGCGGCGGGCGGCCGCGCGUCCGCGAUCUCGCUCGCCGUGCUCGAGUGGCGCGCGACGUGCCGCGGCGUCCAGUACGACCGCGUCUUCGGCGUGUGGCUAGGCGGCGCCGAGCUCCUCCGUGGAUGCACCGCUGAGCCGCCCAUCCAGAGCGCCGGCGUCGACUGGACGGUCUCCAAGGACGUGACCAAGUACGCGUCGCUCCUCGCCGCCUGCGACUCCACCACGCUCGCCGUGUACCUCGGCAACAUCGUCGACCAGCAGUACACCGGCGUCUUCCACGCCAACGUCACGCUACACCUCUACUUCCGCCACCCGCCGCCACCGCCGCCGCAGCCCGGGCUGGGCCCCGCCGACGCCGUCGUUCCGCUAUCGCGGAGCCUCCCGUUGAACGACGGCCUGUGGUUCAAGAUCGAGAACGACUUCGACGUCGCAACCGCGAGCGUCACGGUGCCGGCCAACACGUACCGUGCCGUUCUCGAGGUGUACCUCUCCUACCAUUCUGACGACGAGUUCUGGUACGAGAACAGCGCCGGAACCGGCCCGUUCCGAGAGGUCAGCGUUCAGAUCGACGGCGACUUGGUCGGCGUCGUGUGGCCGUUCCCCGUGGUCUACACCGGCGGCAUUAACCCCUUGCUCUGGCGACCGAUCACCGGCAUCGGCUCGUUCAACCUCCCGUCCUACGACAUCGAGCUCACGGCCUUUCUCGGCAAGCUCCUGGACGGCGAGAAGCACGAGGUCGCGUUCACGGUGACCAACGCCAUGGACACGUGGUUCGUCGACGCCAACCUCCACCUCUGGUUGGACCCCAGGGGCACGGCCGCGGCGGCGGGCAUGGUCAGCUACGACGCGCCGCCCCUAGACACGGCCACCGCGACUCUGCCCGAGGGCCCCGACAACGGGCUCUACUACACGACGGCGUUCCGGCACGUCUCCGCCUCCGGGUGGGUGCAGACGCCGUCGUACGGCAAGUUCACGGCGACGUGGACGCAGAGGCUCGGGUACGAGAACACCAUCCGCUCCCGCGAUAGCUUUUUCCGGCCGGAGGUGAGCCAGACCACCGACGCGUACUCUGCCGCCCACGUCGCGAACCACGCCGGCGUGCUGUAUGCGCAGGAGGCGCAGCAGAACUUCGCGCUGUACAAGUUCGUGGGCGUGGUGAACCAAACUGACUUCGACUCGUUCACCGCGGCGACGAAGGUGCGGCUGGGGUUCCGCGAGGAGCGCGUCGCCGCCGGCCGGUCGGGGUUCUGGUCCCGGUCGCUGAGCAACUCGCAGGAGUGCGCCAGGGACGUGGACUUCGAGGACGGGGAAGCCGUCCGGGAGUCGUGGGGCGCGCGCCAGACGUACAGGUACGAGGCCUCCGACGCGUGCUACUUCCGGAACGUGACCAGCCGUGGCUACGACGUGGUGUCCGACCACUCCGACGAGGCCUGCGUGAAGGGAUCGCCGGCCGCCGCCAGUGGCAUUGCGGAGCGGGCGGCAGCGGCAGGAGCGCCGCGGCUGAGCUCUUAG